CGACUGGUAUAAUACCCGGGCCUGGUAUCGCGAUGGCUCUGCAAUUCACCUCUAGACUUUCACUUGUCCAACCUCGCGCUACUGCAGUGCCAUCCGGAAAUAUGGCCGCGACUGAACUCUCUGCCUCCGACCUGCAGUCGAUACUCGACUUUACCACCAAGCUCGCGCGAACCGCAGGAGACGUGAUCCUGCAGGGCUCGCAAGCCAUUCGAUCCUCAGGGAAUGUAGAUGAGAAGAAGAACUCGGUUGACCUUGUGACGGAGUUCGACGUGAAGGUUGAAGAGCUGGUGAAGAGGGAGCUUGGAAGCAAGUACCCGAGCUUCAAGUUUAUAGGAGAGGAGUCCUACGCUGCAGGCUCUAGGCCUCCUUUAUCGGAUGAGCCGACGUUCUGCGUUGAUCCCAUUGACGGAACGACAAACUUUGUGCACGGGUUCCCGCAUGUCUGCAUUUCCCUCGGUCUCAUUUACAAGAAGACAUCCGUCCUUGGUGUCAUCUACAACCCGUUCCUAGAGCAGUUGUACACUGCCAUCAGAGGACAAGGGGCCUACCUGACACAGGGCAGUCGCGCGCCCGCGAAGCUCCCGCUUGCAGUCCCUCGCCCAUUGCCAUCGCUCUCGCAGGCCCUCAUUGGCAUUGAAUGGGGCUCGGAUCGCUCGAAUGAUAUAAUCCGCGCCAAAGGCGACUCCUUCAAGAGGCUUGCGGGGAACCCCAAGGAAGGCGUCGCGGGUGGGCGGAUGGCGCAUUCACUGCGCUCUCUCGGCAGCGCAGCGCUCAACUUCUCCAUGGUUGCCCAAGGCGGCAUGGAUAUCUACUGGGAGGUCGGAUGCUGGCCCUGGGACAUAUGUGCUGGAUCUGUGAUAGCUCAAGAGGCAGGCUGCUUCCUCGCUGGCGCACACGGCACCCCUCUGGACAACGUGGUGUCCGAGGCUUGGCUCAGUGGAAGGAAGCAUUUCGUCCUCCGGGCAAUCGGUGACACAGAGACGGAGAAAGGUGCCGAUGCACAGAAGCGACUCGCGAAAGAGUUCUAUGAGACUGUUGAGGAUGUGGAAGCACAUUAAAUCUGUAGCUAUACCGGAAGAUAGGUUGUAAGAUAGUCGUCGACCGCAAGAAUAUCACAUCACCGCUAAGCCUGUCUGCUGGAUCCACCUUACACCUACCCCGAGCAAAUCCUCGACUUAUUUUCGUCGCAAUGUAUGCUGCGGCCUGCCCGGUGCAGGUCCUUGUCCCUCAGAUAGCCUGCUA